AACCACAUAUUCAUAUCAGUCAACUUUGCACUCUCUUGGCAAACGCAUCAUUCCAUAAAAGCAAAGAAAUUAACUCACCAACCUUUAAUUUUGCACUAACUUACCAUAUAAAAUGCCAAAUCCAUAAAUACCUCCUAGGUUUUACACCAGAGCCAGUCCUCUCUCUCUCUCUAAUGGAAGACCAGGCACAGAGUACCAGGUGGAAAGGAAAGGUGGGUGUGGAGCUGAAAGGCCCAACAGCAGACCAAAUAUGGCCUUUCUUGGAGGAUUUCUGCAACAUCCACCAAUGGUUUCCGAACCUUGAUACUUGUACACAAGUAGAGGGAGUCAUAGGAAAGCCUGACCUUGUCAGGUACUGCGCAUCCAAAUCAGACGGCAGCAAUGAAUCGGAAGUCAAAUGGGUGAAAGAGAAGUUGGUGAUGAUUGAUCGGAUCGAACGGUGUCUAAGUUACGAGGUAACUGAGAAUAACAUGGGGUUCAAGUUAUACAGGGCCACCAUGAAAGUUCUGCCAGUCGAAGAAGGGAGCAAGAUUGAGAUGUCUUUUGUUGCAGAUCCGGUUGAAGGGAUGGAGGAGGAAGGUUUGGCUUCUUAUUUGGAUUUCUGUCUUAAUUUCAUGGCUAAACGAAUGGAGCAGACUUUAUUGUCUGCAUCUGAUGCUUGAAGAACGGCUUGGCUUGUUGUUCUUUGUUUGGUUCUUACAAGUGGCUUUAUUCUAAUGGACAUAAUAGAAUAAAUUAUUGGUCUCCUUCCCCUAAA